AUGGCGGGAAACUCCGUUGCGAAGGAGCGGUGGGACGCCAUCGAGAGCGCGUGGGGGUUGAAUCAGAACGGUAUCUUCGACAAAGGAGAGUGGAUCGCGCAGUUUGAUGGUGAAAUCCAGGGCACUACCAGCAGCACCCGCCUGUCCUUGUCAUCCCAACAAGAUGCCGCAGUGCACGAGGUGCUGCUGCACCUUCUCAGCACCCACCUGCUGCUGCAGCGGAUUGAGCGGACUUAUGGUGGAGUGAAAGAGUUCAUAUCCGGUAUCAGCUUCCCGCCUCCGGCCCUGGAGUCCCGCCGAUCCUGCCCUCACUGUCCCAUGACCUUCGUGAACGAGCAAGGCCUUGGGAUCCACGUGAGAACGCAGCACAGCAUUGCAGACAUGUCCAACGGCGUGCGGCUGCGGCGGAUACUACGGGAGAAUCUCGAAGGGCGUGUCCUGCCGUGGGAAGAAGCCGGGCCUGGGCGUUGUUGACACGUGAAGGUCGAUGAUGCG